CUCUCUGAAAAAAAAUAAAAAUAAAAAAUCCCAUAGUUUUCUAGGGGUUUCCAUUAAAAUGGACAGCCUCCCCCUCCCCCCCUCUCUCGGUUUUAUUUUGAUUUUGUGCUAAUAAUUAUAAUUAAAAAUGGAAGACACAAUCCUUACCUCAGAGAAACCCUCAAAUCCUUCCCCUCUCGAUCCUCCUUCUCGCUUCAUAUGCCACGUGUGCCAGAAACAGUUUUCACAGUACACGUGUCCUCGAUGCAAUUCUCGCUAUUGUUCUCUUCACUGCUAUAAGUCGCAUAGUGAGAGGUGCACAGAGUCGUUUAUGAGAGAAAAUGUGAUGGAAGAGAUGAAGCUGAUGCAAUCGGAUGAGCAAACGAAGCGGAAAAUGCUUGAUAUUCUGAAACGGUUUCAUUCUGAGGAGCAAGAGGGAAUGGAUGAUAGCAUGGAUGACGACGACGACGAUCAUGAGGAUGAUUCUGUUCUUUCUGAGGAGACUGUUCAGAAGGUGUUGUCUGGUGGUCCAAUCAAUUAUGAUGAUUUAUCAGCAGAAGAGAAGAAACGUUUCCAAAGAGCUGUGGCAUCUGGAGAACUCAGCAAGUUGAUCGAAGCAUGGGAUCCAUGGUGGUUGAAGUCUUCUUCUAGAACCAUCUCUCUUAGCAAGGAAGGAACCAGACUUAUCCACCCACUUGCCAAAGAGGAAGCGUUGUCAUCGCGUCAAGAUGAUGGUGCAGGUGACCAACCCAGUGAGAUUCCUCCUGGCCCUGAUGCUCCAUUACCUCCUGUAAGGAAGCUUAUUUCUAGAGAGCCAUCACCCUUCUUAGCCGUUCACUUGGUUGACAUUAUAUAUAGCUACUGCUUCACACUACGCCUCUACAAUGGAGAUUGGCAGUCAGAUGCCAUUGGGUCAGCAACAGUGGUAUUGAAUGUCUCCUCUGUCUUAGGUCAAGCCGGCCAGCCCGAAACCGUCCUGGAAGCUCUGUCAUAUUGCUUGGAGAGAACUUGCUCUCCAGAGUAUAGAAACAUGGGUGGAUUGCAAUUUGGAUUGGGUCUUGUUGAAGAUGUAUUACACAUUCUGUCACUUGGUGGCCCUGCUUUAAUCUGCUUGCUCUGUGAUCUACAUAGGAUGGUUCAGGCUGGAGAGGAGGAGCUGAAAGCUGAGAAAAAGAGAAAGUCGAAGACAGAAAUCAAGAGUAAGCUGAAGCUUGCGGAGAAGAAGGUCUAUUUCAUAAUGUGUUGGGUGCAUGAGCAGCCAGGGGAAGCCUGGUCCUCGCUAGCUGCCAUCGUAAGGGCAGAAAAAAGUUCAGCUUUGGAUUGUAGAGCAGGUAAAAAUCUCCAGAUAGCAGAACUUAAAACUGAAUCCAAGGGAAAGGUUUUGGUAGAGGAAUUGUAACGAGUUGGUGAUUAUUGUAUGAUCUGGACAUGUAAAAACCCUUGUAUAUUUAAAACUAUGGAAGAGGUUUUUGAACGAACGAAGUGAAAUGAUUUCGCUGAUA